CUUGGGCUGUGCUGUGGAGGGAGGGAACUGAGCUUGGGGAAGAAAAAGGGCUGCGGAGCCCGGGGAGAGGCGGCCCGGAGAGGAAAGGAGAGGAUUAAGGCGCGUGCCCUUCCUUCUCUGCCAGGGGCCCCCUUUAUCUGCUUUCUGAGACUUUUCCUUUUCUCUGGUGAAUCGGAGCCGAGUGGGCGUUGCUUCGGCUUUCCCGGGUCAGUCCAAGAAGCUGAGGUAAACAUGAGUACUAUGUCUUCAGUGGGGUCUGAGUAUACAAUUGGUGGAGUGAAGAUUAACUUUCCUUGUAAAGCUUACCCCUCGCAGCUUGCUAUGAUGAAUUCUAUUGUCAGAGGUUUAAACAGUAAACAACAUUGUUUGUUGGAGAGCCCCACAGGAAGUGGAAAAAGUUUGGCCUUACUUUGUUCUGCUUUAGCGUGGCAACAAUCUCUUCUUAAUGGGAAGCCAGUAGAUGAGGGCUCACACAAAAAAGCUGAAGAACCAUUGUCAUGUUGUUGUACAUGCCACUCGAAGACUUUUACAAACAAUGACAUGAACCAACGAACUUCACGUCAUUUCAACAGUCCAAGCAAACUACCUUCUGAAAGAAGUGGAGCUUCAUCAACUUGUCAAGACUCUUCUGAAAAAAACACGUUGGCUGCAAAAUUAUCUGCCAAGAAACAGGCAUCCAAAUCCAGGGAUGGAAAUGAUGACUUUCAAGUAGACAAGAAAAGAAUUCGACCCUUGGAAACUGCACAGCAGAUUAGAAAACGUCAUUGUUUUGAAAAGGAAGAAAUUCAUUUGAAUGCAAAAGUUGUUUCAGAAGAGACCGUAACACUUAACUCUCCAUCAGAAAAGAUAAACUCCUUUUCACCACAAAAUCCCCCUGGCUACUGCUCUAGGUGUGGUUGUUCCACUAAACAAGGAAGCGAUCAAGAGUCUUCAAACACCAUUAAGAAAGAUCAAGGGGGCAAAUCCAAGAGACCCAAAAUAUAUUUUGGAACACGCACACACAAGCAGAUUGCUCAGAUUACUAGAGAGCUCCGGAGGACAGCGUACUCAGGGGUCCCGAUGACGAUUCUUUCCAGCAGGGAUCAUACUUGUGUCCACCCUGAAGUAGUUGGUAACUUCAACAGAAAGGAAAAGUGCAUGGAAUUGCUGGAUGGAAAAAAUGGAAAAUCAUGCUAUUUUUAUCAUGGUGUUCAUAAAAUGAGUGAUCAACACACAUUACAGACACUCCAAGGGAUGUGCAAAGCCUGGGAAAUAGAAGACCUUGUUAGCCUGGGGAAGAAACUAAAGGCGUGUCCAUAUUACACAGCUCGAGAACUAGUGGAAGAUGCCGAUAUAAUAUUUUGUCCAUACAACUAUCUUCUAGAUGCACAAAUAAGGGAAAGUAUGGAUAUAAAUCUGAAGGAACAGGUUGUCAUUUUAGAUGAAGCUCAUAACAUUGAGGACUGUGCUCGAGAAUCAGCAAGUUACAGUGUAACCGAAGUUCAGCUGCGGUUUGCUAGAGAUGAACUAGAUAGUCUGGUCAACAAUAAUAUAAGGAAGAAAGACCAUGAACCUCUACGAGCUGUGUGCUAUAGCCUCAUUAAUUGGUUAGAAGCAAACACUGAACAUCUUGUAGAAAGGGAUUAUGAAUCAUCCUGUAAAAUAUGGAGUGGAAAGGAAAUGCUCUUAAAUUUACACAAAAUGGGCAUCACUACUGCUACUUUUCCCAUUUUGCAGGGUCAUUUUUCCACUGUUCUUCAAAAAGAAGAAAAAGUCUCACAAAUUCGUGGAAUAGAGGAGGCAGUAGAAGUACCUGUUAUCAGUGCUUCAACUCAAGUUAUGCUCAAAGGACUUUUUAUGGUGCUUGACUACCUUUUUAGGCAAAAUAGCAGGUUUGCAGAUGACUAUAAAAUUGCUAUUCAACAGACUUACUCCUGGAUAAAUCAGACUGAUAUUUCAGAUAAAAAUGGCAUCUUGGUUCUACCAAAAAAUAACAAACGUUCAAGACAGAAAGCUGCAGUUCAUGUGCUAAGCUUUUGGUGCUUAAAUCCAGCUGUGGCCUUUUCAGAUAUUAAUGGCAAAGUUAGGACAAUUGUUUUGACAUCUGGCACAUUAUCACCAAUGAAAUCUUUUUCAUCAGAACUUGGUGUUACAUUUACUAUCCAACUGGAGGCUAAUCAUGUCAUUAAUAACUCACAGCUUUGGGUUGGUACCAUUGGAUCAGGCCCCAGUGGUAGGAAUCUCUGUGCUACCUUCCAGCAUACUGAAACAUUUGAGUUCCAGGAUGAAGUGGGAGCACUUGUGUUAUCUGUGUGCCAGACUGUGAGCCAAGGAAUUUUGUGUUUUUUGCCAUCUUACAAGCUAUUAGAAAAAUUAAAAGAACGUUGGCUAUACACUGGUUUAUGGCAUAAUCUGGAGUUGGUGAAGACAGUCAUUGUAGAACCGCAAGGUGGAGAAAAAACUGAUUUUGAUGAAUUACUACAGCUGUAUUAUGAUGCAAUCAAGUACAAAGGAGGAAAAGAUGGAGCCCUCCUGGUAGCAGUUUGUCGUGGUAAAGUGAGUGAGGGUCUGGAUUUCUCAGAUGACAAUGCCCGUGCUGUCAUAACAAUAGGAAUUCCCUUUCCAAAUGUGAAAGAUCUACAGGUUGAACUAAAGCGUGAGUACAAUGACCACCAUUCAAAAUUAAGAGGUCUAUUACCUGGACGGCAGUGGUAUGAAAUUCAAGCAUACAGGGCUUUAAAUCAGGCCCUUGGUAGAUGUAUUCGACACAAAAAUGAUUGGGGAGCUCUUAUUCUAGUGGAUGAUCGCUUCGGGAAUAACCCAAGUCGCUAUAUAUCUGGACUUCCUAAGUGGGUAAGGCAGCAGAUUCAACACCAUUCAACCUUUGAAAGUGCACUAGAGUCCUUGGCUGAAUUUUCCAAAAAACACCAAAAAGAAAUUGAUGUAACCAGAAAGUAUGUGAAGGACCAAGAGUCUACUCUUGAAGUGGCCUGUUUAAAGGACAGUGCGCCAGCUUACUUACUGGAUCUGGCAAGUCAUCUAUCACCAGAAAAUCCUAAGGAAGAUGACACAGAAAUGUGUAUCCAGGAACUACAGUGCCCUAAAAAAGUUACUGAAAACCCAUCUCUACCAAGUGGCAUCAUCUCCAGAAAGCGUGGAAAUGACCCAGUGUUAUUGGAAGAGUCUGUACAGACAAGGAAAGAGAAAAGGAUCAUUUCCCGAUCUACAAGCCCAACGUUCGGCAAGCAAACCAACAGAGUCAGCUGGUCUAACUUUCAUUCUUUGGGACAGUUCGUUACUGGUAAAAUACAGACCACAACACCUGAGCUCAGGUCACCAAAGAACUGCACCUCUAGUCCUUGUACUUUCAAAACAGAAAACACGGAAAAUAAAACUCUUUUGCCACUCUCUGAUAAACCUGAGUCCUCAACUCCUACAGUAAAAACGUCAUUUGGAUCAUGUCCUCAGUCAGAAACCAUUGUUUCUUCAGUAAAGAUUGAGCAUCAUUCCAGACAACCACUCAGUUAUGAAGAGGCCCUGGGUCUGGACACUGAAUUACCCCCAGUAAAUGAAGAUGCUGCCCAUUCAACUUCAGGUAGCGCUUCUGAGACAGAAGUAGAAGAUGAAUCCAUCUAUUUUACACCUGAACUUUAUGAUCCUGUAGAAACAGAUGAAGAAGACAAUGAGCCUAUUCACACUGAUAAGGGCAGCAGAUUGGCUAAUAAUUCAAAUUGCAUUUUGGCUACAGACCUUUUAGAAAUUAAAACUACAAAAGGAAUGGAUUCAGUCAUUGAUAAGAAACAGGAUCACCCAGACACAGAGUUGAAUAUUGAAGGUGGUAAAAUUGAUGACAUUGAUGGUAAUGUAAAAACAUCUUGCGUAAAUGAAUUGAAACUGAGAAAUACUCAUGAAAUAGAUCUAAACAACUUUCAACAAUCUGUUUCCAAAAAUAAAGGUGUGAGCCCUGGUGUUAAGUAAUUAUACUUAACUGUCAAACUGCAGAAAUAGGUUAUCAUGCUUGUGUUAAACUCUGUUGUAAUCAAUAAUUUAUGUAUUGAGUAAGUGAUAUACUUUAAAUUUUUGUAGCUAUAAUUUUAAUUCACUGAGAUGUUUAAGUCUAUUUUAUGUUCAGAAAUACAAUUUUAAUAUUCACAAAUUUUGAUAGUGAUUCAUACAAAGUAUUUACCUCCAAUAAAUCUUCUUAGCUAAAUAUAAAUUAAAAUUAGUCUGAAAGAUAUCUAAUUUCCUAAGGCACUUUUAAUAUCACAUAUUCAUAUUUUGUAGUCUACUGCAUUUGUUUUCAUACUGACGCAGAGGGACUAGUAGCAGUGUGAUCUAGUCACAGCUCAGCCAUGUUUCACUACAGAUUUUUUUUUUUUUUAAUAUUUAUUUGAAAGUCACAGUUACACAGAGAGAGGAGCGGCAGAGAGAGAGAGGUCUUCCAUCCGAUGGUUCACUCCCCAAUUGGCCGCAACGGUCGGAGCUGUGCUGAUCUGAAGCCAGGAGCCAGGAACUUCUUCCGGGUCACCCACGUGGGUGCAGGGGCCCAAGGACUUGGGCCAUCUUCUGCUUUCCCAGACCAUAGCAGAGAGGUGGAUCAGAAGUGGAGCAGCCGUGUCUCAAACCGGCACCCAUAUGAGAUGCUGGCACUUCAGGCCAGGGCAUUAACCCACUGAACCACAGCGCCGGCCCCUCACUACAGAUUUACCUCAAAUUAUUCCGAGACUUUUUUUUAGAAAUCAAUGUUCUUUUGUUAAAAGUAGAUGUAUUUUUGUUUGAUAAACCUAAAAUCAUAAAUUUAUGUAAUGUUAUAAAGUGCCAAAUGAAGUAUUCCACAUUUUCAGUUGUAAUUAUUUAGCUUCAUCAUGAUUGUAGGAAAAAGUGGCACAUCCUGGCAUAAAGUUUUAACUAUGCAACUACUAACAUGGAAGCUUCAUAUAUAAAUUUUAUAUACAAGAGUACUUUAAAAAAGUCAUGGAAAAUGGAAUUUAAAUAUCUUUAUUUUGGUGCAAAAAAUGUGUUAAGUCCAUGCAUAGUUUCCCAUGAACUUCUUAAAGAAUCUUCAUAUAUAACUUCCUAGCAGAAAGAUGGUCCUUUAGAGCACAGUGUGGAUUCCUCACUGUGGAUUCUGUGUUUACAUUUUUGUAAACAGAACCAUCUAAUCAGAUGCUCUGAUAAAAGAUGACAUCUCUGACAUCAUUCCAAAAAUACACUCCCUGAUCUUUUUUUUCUAAGAAACAUCUGUUUUCAGCGAGCAGACUUCUUGUGAGUGACUUCAACUGACAUUUUAUGAGUUCAAGUUGUAUGUAUAUUCUAUUAUCAAGUCAAAAUUCCCAAUAAUCAGACAUUUUUUGCAUUCAUUUGGAUAAAUUAUUUUAAAUGCAUAUGUUUGCUUUCAUGUUGAUGGUAUUUAGGUAUAAUUUGGCUUUUUUUCUAUAGCAUUGGAUAUUACAUCUGUAAUUUGAAGAAUGUAAGAUGACAACUGGCCAAGUAAAGAAUUUAUAGAUUGGGAUACACUAGAUUCCACCUAGUAUUAUAUAUUUAUCUUGGUUGAUCAGUGGAUAAUAGGUACCAAACACUAGAUUAGAAAGUAAUUUUAACCUCAUUUUUAAAGAGUAUGAAACCAUUUCUCCCCUCUGGUAUUGCUGUUAAAUUAGAUUAGGGUAGUGGACAAGAGACGAUUUCUAUUCUAGUUCUGCCACUAAUUCACUAGUCAUUUGCCUUUCAAAGAAUCACUUUCAUCUGUGAAAUGCGGAAUGUAGUUUCAUGAAGUCAUAAAAAUUCCUUUCAGCUUUAAAAAUCCUUAAUUUAAAGGAGUAUCUAGGGGACCAUCUCUGUGACAUAAUGGGUAAAGCUGCCAUCUGCAGUGCCAGCAUCCCAGAUGGCCGCCGGUUUGAGUCCUGGCUGCUCCUCUUCCAAUCCAGCUCUCUGCUAUGGCCUGGGAUAGUAGUACACGAUGGCCCACGUGCUUGGACCCCUGCACCCACGUGGGAGACCUGGAAGAAGCUCCUGGCUCCUGGCUUUGGAUUGGCUCAGCUGUGGCUGUUGCGACCAUCUGGGGAGUGAACCAGCGGAUGGAAGACCUUUCUCUGUCUCUCCUUUUCAUUGUCUAUAACUACCUCUCAAAUAAAUAAGUAGAUUCUUUUCAAAAAAAAAAAGUAUCUAUUGAUAUUUACUGAGUCACUUGCUUUUGUUCCAGAAUGCUUAAAAUAAAACCUACCAUUUUAUAGAAAAGGUGAAAUAACUGUUACUAAUCUAUGCUAUGGACAUAUGCGCAAUAACUUGGAGAGCUAUCUACUUAAUUUAACAAUGCUACUAAUAUUUUGCAGGCAUUUGAAAUUGCCUUUUGAAGAAUUGGUAAACAUAAAAAUCAAGCAUAUACUUUGAGUCAUAUUUAAUGUUAUUACCCAACUUGAUAUCGAUUAUCUUCCUCUUUCCCUAGAUACAAUCUUUCCAAAAAUCUGAUUCUCUCUCAGGCUAAAAUUUCUAUGCUGAGAAUGUAAACAGAGUUGUGCCACAAGCUUAAAUUCCAGAAGACGUUUCAAAAAUUUUGUACAGCAGGGUGGGCAUUUGACAUAGUGGUUAGGAUGAUGUUUGGGAUGCCCAUAUCCCAUUUUGGAAUGUCUGAGGUUUGAAUCCUGACUCCAGCUUCCUGCUAAUGCACACCCUGGGAGACAGCAAAUGAUGUCCUAAGUAGUUGAGUCCCUGCCACUCAUGUAGGAGACCCAGUUUCUAUCUCCUGGCUUCAACUUGGCCCACUGUGGCUGUUGCAGACAUUUGGGAAGAAGUAACCAGCAAAUGGGAGAUCUCUCUCUCUCUCUCUCUCUCUCUCUCUCUCUGACUCUCUAUGUUUCAAAUAUUUCCAAGUUUAAAUAGAUGUAUUUUUUUAAAGAUUUAUUUUAUUCCUUUCAAAGACAGAGUUACAGAGAGAGAGGUAAAGCCAGAGAGAGAGGUCUUCCAUCCACUGGUUCACUCCCCAAAUGACUGCAAUGGGCAGAGCUGAACUGAUCUGAAGCCAGGAGCCAGGAGCUUCUUCCAGGUCUCCCACGUGGGUGCAGGGGCCCAAGCACUUGGGCCAUCUUCCACUGCUUUCCCAGGCCAUAGCAGAGAGCUGGAUCGGAAGAGAAGCAGACAGGACUUAAACUGGCGCCCAUAUGGGCUGCUGGUGCUGCAGGCUGGGCUUUAACCCACUGCACCACAGCGCAGGCCCCAGAUGUAUUCAUUGUAAAGGCAUAGUGUCAGAGAGGGAGAGACAGAAAGAUCUUAUAGCCACUGUUUCACUUCCCAAGUGGACACAUGGCCAGGGCUGGCCCGGGCAGAAGUCAGGAACCCAGAACUCCAUCUUGGUCUUUCAUGUGCAUGCAGGGGCCCAAGUACUUGGGUCAUCAUCCAUUGCUUCCCAGCCAUGUUAGCAGAGAGCUGGAUUGGAAACAAAGCAGCCAGAACUCAAAUCUGUCAUAAGCAGCAGCUUCACCUGCUAUGCCACAGCGCUGGUCCCAAUAUUUACAAAAUGGUAUCACUGUUAAAACAGAUACAUGUUCUCUUCAAACCAUGACUUUAAUCAAGACAAUAUUCCAGUAAGUAAAACGUAGAGUAGGAGACCAUUUUUAUUACUGACAUGUUUAGGGGUGUAUAUUUGGCCUAACAGUCAAGACACCACUUGGGACAUCCACUUCCCAUAUCAGAGUACCUGGGUUUGAGUCCUGGAUCCACUCCCAAUUCCAUCUUCCUGCUAAUGCGCACUCUGGGAGGCGGCAGGGGAUGGCUCAAGUACCUGAGUCUCUAUCACCCACAGAGGAGAGUAGAUUGAGUUCCAGACUCCUGGCUUCAGCCUAAUGCAGCCCCAGCUAUUGCAGGUAUUCGGGGGUGAAAUAGCUGGUGGAAAUUAGAAUGUCUCUCUCUCUCUCAAAUACAAUGAAAAUAAAUAUACAUAAAAAGACUCUAAGAAGUUUAUAUAGUUAAGUAAGUUAAAAUACAUAAAAGCAUUUAAAAGAGUAUCUGGCACAUGGUAAAACUUCUAUCAGUCACACAUCUAGAAUGCAUUCCUGCUUUAUAAAGCCUUCUAUAGUGAUAGAUGAACUGAAAGAAUUAGAAAAGGAAACAUACUGAUUUGUUUUUUAAAGGUUUUUGAUAUAUAUAUAUAUAAAUAUUAUCAGAUAAUUUGUCUUAUAUAUUCAAUGCAUAUAAAAUAAUUGUGUAAUACUGAAUUUAUGCAAGGACUGAAAAUCAGGCUUGUAAUCCAUGAGUGACAAAAACUCCCAAUUGUAGAAAAAGCUCUAUUCAUGGAGGAAGGGUACAAUGAAGAGUGCAUGUUAGGGGCAGGCACUGUGGCACAGCGGGUUAAUGCCCUGGCCUGAAGCGCCAGUUCGAGUCCCGGCUGCUCCACUUCCAAUCCAGCUCUCUGCUAUGGCCUGGGAGGGCAGUGGAGGAUGGCCCAAGUCUUUGGGCCCCUGCACCUGUGUGGGAGGCUGGAAGAGGCUCCUGGCUUCGGAUCGGCGCAGCUCCGGCCAUUGCGGCCAAUUGGGGAGGAAGACCCCAUCAGAUGGAAGACCUCUUUCUCUCUGCCUCUCCUCUCUCUGUGUAACUCUGACUUUCGAAUAAAUAAAUAAAUCUUUUUUUUAAAAAAAGUGCAUGUUAUAUGACUCAACAGUUCAGUUUUAGAGGAACUAUUUAAAACAAUAAAGUUGUGUUAUAAAUUAGAAUUAUUAAUAUGCUACUACUAUGUAUGUAAUUAUUGCAUGGCUUUAAAUCUGGCACUUCCUAAGGUCACAUAGGCUUUGUUUUUAUUCUUAUGAUCUUCCUAUUCAAAACAUUACUUUUUAAAAGAGUUCCUCACAUUUUUCUGCAAUAGGUUUUGUCAUUUUAUUUUCCUGUAAUAAAGCACAUUCAAAAUA